CUCAAUUAAAAAUCAAAAAUGUCAUCAGAAACGGAAAAGAAAGUCCAAAAAUCCCGUGGACCUUCUCAACUAGCUAAAUUCUAUCUGAUCUUGUACAAUGCUGUGCAGGUUGCAGGGUGGUCAUUUAUGCUGUUUCAGCUAAUCUCAUACUACACAAUCGAUAAAGCUGUCCAAUCAAAAAUGACUCUAUGGGAAUACAUUAGCUGGACAGUCAUUGUGUUCCAAAAUGCUGCUGUUUUGGAGAUCCUUCACGUUGCUUUCGGAAUUGUUAAGAGUAACUUGUUCAUCACAACUGUUCAAGUUCUAUCGCGUGUCAUGGUUGUUUGCGGUGUUAUUUUGGCUACUCCAACUGGAAGAGUUUCACCUGGCGUGCCACUAGCCUUACUUGCCUGGAGUGUCACUGAGAUUAUUCGUUAUGGCUAUUAUGCAUUUAAUUUGAUUGGAGCUGUUCCAUACGUUAUAGUUUAUUUAAGAUACACAACAUUUAUUGCUUUAUAUCCAAUUGGAGUUACCGGUGAGCUGUUAUGCUUCUAUUGGGCACAAAGUCACAUUCAGGAAUCAAAGCAAUGGAGCAUUGAAAUGCCAAAUAAAAUUAAUUUUACAUUCUCGUACUUCUACUUUAUGUGGAUGGUAAUGCUUUCUUACAUUCCAUUAUUCCCACAAAUGUACUUGCACAUGUUUGCACAGCGCAAGAAGAUUAUUGGCUCAGGAAGAAGUCAUUAAGGAUAAUUAAUUAAAAUUCAGAAUACUCAAGAAAUUCUGAUCGGUUGUGG